AUGUUUUCUUUUCUUCUUCCUUUCAGUGUCAAAAUCACUUCUUUUUUUUUUUUGAUUCGUGAAUUACAUUCUUUCUUUCUUUCUUUCUUUCUUUCUUACAGAAAAUCACUUCUUUCUUUUUUGAUGCUUUCUUUUUUGAUUCGUGAAUUGCAUUCUUUCUUUCUUUCUUUCUUUCUUUCUUUCUUUCUUUCUUACAGAAAAUCAUUUCUUUCUUUUUUUAUUCUUUCUUUUUUGAUUUUAUUAUUUAGUCAAAAGAAGAAAAAUGACCCUUCUUUUUCUCUUUCACCUCUUCCCCUCUUCUUCUGUUUCGUUUUUUUUCUUCUUCCCUUCUCUUCUUCUUCUUCUUCUUCUUCUUCAUCUUAUUAUUGUUAUUAUCCAUCCUCCUCAUUCUCUUCUUCUUCUUCUGCUUCUUCUUCUCUCUUUUUUAUUUCCCCGUUCAUCCUCCUCCUCUUCUUCUUCUUUUCUCUUCCUCCCCUUCUCCCUUAUUCUUCUGCUUCGUUCUUUUUCUCUCACCCACUUCCUCGUUGUUUCCUCUCUCCUUCUUUCUUCUUCUUCUUCUUCUUUUUUUUCUUCGCUUCUCCUCACAAUCAGUAA